CACAGAAAUUGGAUCAAGCUCAUCUCACCAUCCUGGCGUGACACCUGUGAUAUUUCUCACCUGUCUAUGUAAAUCAAAGGAUGGCACAUGAUCCUGCCCCGUCAUGCCCGUGAUCCCGUCCGCCGCAGCACGCAACCCAUCGCCGCGCGCGGCGCCACCAUUAUUUUUAUUCCCUUCCUCUAUAAGCAUCUACUCUGAGAAAUCCCAGAGAUUAGAUUAGCGAACUCGGGGGCCGUAAGCACACUCCCGCUCCCGCACUUCUCUCUGUGCCCGCGACUGGGCCCCGUCGACUCUUCCCGCUCGCCAAACCACCCGCGAUCGAUCCGAGAACGGCGCGCGCCAUGGCGGACAACAGGUCGGCGGCGGCGGCGGCGGUGGGGCCGCUGCUGCUGCCGCGGAAGAAGUCGUCGUCGGCGGCGCAGUACACCCGCAGCGCGUCGCACGCGGGGGACGAGCUGCGCAGCUUCCGGGCCUGCCUCCGCUGGAUGUGCAUCGACCACACCGACGGGCCGCGCUCCGCGGGCUCCUGGGCGGUCUUCUUCCUGCUCGCCGUCGCCGCGCCCGCGGCGGUCACCCUGGCCCUCCCGGCCUCGGCCCCGCCGCGGCCCCUGGACGGGCAGGUGCAGGUCUCGCUCACCCUGGCCGCCACGCUCGCCUUCCUCUCCCUCUGCUCGCUGCUCCGGGUCGGCCUCCGCCGCCUGCUCUGCAUCGACCGCCUCCGCCACGACUCGGACGAGGUGCGCGCGGGAUACACCGCGCAGCUCAACCGCUCCUUCCGCGUCCUCGCCUGCUUCCUCGCGCCCUGCUCCCUCGCCGACGCCGCCUACAAGGUCUACUGGUACUGGAUCGCCGCGCCCUUCCGCUCGCCCUGGUGGAACGCGGCCGCCUGCGCGCUCGAGACCGCCUCCUGGGUCUACCGCACCGCCGUCUUCUUCAUGAUCUGCGUCCUCUUCCGGGUCAUCUGCUACCUGCAGGUGCUGCGCAUGGUGGGCUUCGCGCGGGAGUUCGGCAGGUUCGCCGACGUCGCCGUCGUGCUGGAGCACCACCGCCGGAUCAGGGACCAGCUCCGCAGGAUCAGCCACAGGUACCGCCGGUUCAUAAUAUUCUGCCUCGUGCUCGUCACCGCCAGCCAGUUCUCCGCCCUGCUCGCCACCACCAGGCCACAUGCGCGGAUCAAUAUCGCCACCGCCGGCGAGCUCGCGCUCUGCUCAGUGAGCCUGGUGGCGGGGCUGCUGGUCUGUCUGCACAGCGCGGCCAAGAUCACGCACAAGACGCAGGCAAUCACGAGCGUCGCGGCGGCGUGGCACGCGGACGCCACCAUCCACGCCUUCGACAAUGACCUGGAGGACCCCGACCCCGCCCUGCCCACCGCCACCGGCUACCUGGCGCCGGCCAACGCCUACCGGGUGGCCCCCGGCGAGGAGUCCGACGGCUACGGGGACGACGACGACGACGACACCAGGAGCGAGGACUCCAUCGACGAAUCCAAGCUUGUGCCCUUCCAGGUCAACAACAUGUGCUUCCAGAAGAGGCAGGCACUGGUGAACUACCUGGAGAACAACCGGGCGGGCAUCACGGUGUACGGCUUCGUGGUCGACCGGACAUGGCUGCACGCGCUCUUCAUGAUCGAGUUCUCUCUCGUCAUGUGGCUGCUGGGGAAGACGGUCGGCAUAUCUUGAAGGCGCUGCGCUGCCCUUUGAUGCUGUCGCCGAUUUUCCCGACGUCUGAUGCAGGGGCUCACCUCGGAUGUACAAAUUGAGCGCACAUAGUUGAGUACUUCAGUAUUUCGCCACGCAUAAAACACACACAUCGUUCAUUUUUGUCCUCCUAAGUAUUAGUUGUGCAGUGUUUUUUUAUUUUUUGUGAAAAUUAGUUGUGCAGUGUUAAAAAAAGUGUUAGCCGUGCACGUUGAUUUGAUGAAAAGAAUACAUAUGUGGCAAAAUUAGAUGCCAAGGGUUUGAUUGGAUGAAAUGAUGUCGAGUAAUAUUAGUCCUGAA